AUGGUGGUCAUCAAAGUGGAACACUACGAUAAGACAUACACAAUCGAGAAGAAAUGCAAAUCAGUCAUAGACAUACGCUUUUAUCUUCAGUUUCAUGUACCCUUCGAUGAUCAACUUCUAUUAUACAACGGAAAUCUUCUAUUAGAUGGGAGGACGGCUUUAUCUGAUCUGGGCAUUGAGGAGGAGGAUGAUAAUGAAGUGAGGAUGAAAGUCCACAGGAAGAUUCGGCCUCAGAUCAUCACAAUCACCGUUCACACAGGGUGCGAUGUGUUAUUCCUUGAGAUAUCAAGCGUCGACACAGUUUUCAGUCUGAAAAAGAUGAUCGAUGAGCAGGUGGGUAUAUCUCCACGGCGCCAGAAUCUGAGAACGCUGGGAGUUCCGAUGUAUGACCAGUGGAAGCUGGAGAGGUAUGCAAUUUCCACUACACCCACUGUUUUUGUGUCGGAGACACCUCAGGACCCACGGUGGAAUGUAGCCAUUACUGUGGAGGUUCCAACCACUGGGCAAUCAAUGGUCAUAAAUGUGGAGAAGUAUGACACAGUUCACACACUGCAUGGAAUGAUUCGUCGUGCGGGAUUAGCAGAUGAGGGACGUGAUUUCCAUCUUGAAUGUGCAGGCACGCGACUUGAUGGGACACUGGACAUAAUUAGUUACGACAUUGAAUCUGGGGACACUGUGACUUUGAUUUAUCACUGA